AAUUAUUCCUGCUGGUUACGUUAGUUGCUGGGCAUCACGGAAUUUGAACACCGCCAUUUUCUCGGUCACACAUCAUCGGCGUCGAACAAGAGGGUCAUGCCAGCGCCAUGAGUCGGCCAUUGACCACUCGCCUCGCGGCGCAGACACGCUCGCUCCGCCUACGACCAUCACAGCCCCUCGCGCCUCAAUGCGUCGCCCUCCGAAACGCCCAGUCCUUCUCGCAUUCGAGCACACGAUGGGACGAGCCCAAGGGCAAUCAGCCCAAGCAGCGGAUGCCGGCGCGGCCCCGGACCGAGUCGCUCCUUGAGAACAUCUACGGCGCCUCCCGGUCCACGCAGCAGAAGCCAAACGCCAUGGCGGACCUCUCCCAGAGCAUGGUCUUCAAGGCCCUCAACAAGUCCAACAUCGACACCAGCGCCCUGUCCCGCAAGACGACCGAGGCCGUCCAGCCUCGCCAGGACGAGCUGGAACCCUACCACUUCCACAUCUACUCCCACAAGCACAACACGCACAUCACCUGCACCAAGCCCAACCGCGAGCCCAUCAUCUCCAUGUCCUGUGGCAACAUUGGCUUCAAAGGGUCGCGCCGCAGCACCUUUGACGCGGCCUAUUCGCUGACAAAGUACGUCCUCGAGCGGCUCAUCCACACCGGCUGGCCCAUGAAGAUGAAGCACAUCGAGCUGGUCCUGCGCGGCUUCGGCCAGGGACGGGAAGCGGCCGUCAAGGUGCUCAUGAGCCCCGAGGGCAGGGUCUUUCGCGAGAAGAUCAUCCGGGUAGCCGACUCGACGAGAAUCAAGUUUGGAGGAACAAGGAGCGAGAAGCGCAGGCGCCUAUAACGGCCAAAUCGCUUCCGUUGUUGUCGGGCGCACGAUCGACGGGCAAUGUGGAACGCGCCUGAGGAAGAAAAUGGAAGCACAGGGGUGCCAAAGUGUACAAUAUUUGUACGAGCUAGACCAUGCAUACACACACAGACCACGAAUUCCUCAAGAAUGGGACCUUGCAAUCCGCGCGGGGCGCGCGUGUCACAACAGAAUAGGGUUGCUUCAUCCUGCCCGCCGCGCAACAUGAGAGCAUCAGGUCAAGCCGUGGUAUCAAUCCAUUUCAGAAGAACAGUCCCAGACACCCAAAACGCCAUGCGUGAGCCGUUGCAAAGUCUGGAUGCGAAGCGCAGCGCCGACGUCCUACCAGGUGGGAGCCCGCUCCGCCGCGGGAAGCUGCCGGCCGGCGGAAUCGCGAACGACCUGCUUCCCCUUGCCACUACCGCCGCGGCGUCUUUCCUCCUCGCUAUCCCACUCUGUCGCUCCGUCGCUGGCGGCGCCGUCGGAGAGAAAGUGCGGCCGUGAUUGGCCCAGCAUGCGUGAAUGUUCGUCCGUGUGCUGCUCGUCGUCGUCGAGCAGCUCGCCGUCGGCCGUGUCAUACUCAGGGGGCUCUAUCCACUCGCGCGGAACGACGCAAGGUAAAGCAACGCCGAUGCUGGCGGCGCGGUUGAGCCAUCC